GGCCUCUAGGAGGCGCUGUCACUCAGGAAUCAGCAGCUGUCCUCGGCGCUCCGUCACAGGACUGUACUGUGUGCGUGUCAUUCGUCCGCGCACAGCAAAUAAGAAUAUUUAUAUAGUUUUUGUUUAUUGUACUCGAUAAAUAUGUCUACUACGACCGGUGGCGGAGAGUUUGGCAACCCUCUGCGGAAAUUUAAGCUGGUUUUCUUGGGCGAGCAAAGCGUCGGCAAAACUUCACUUAUCACGAGGUUUAUGUAUGACAGCUUCGAUAAUACCUAUCAGGCAACUAUUGGGAUAGACUUUCUGUCAAAAACCAUGUACUUGGAAGACCGCACGAUUCGGCUACAGCUGUGGGACACAGCUGGGCAGGAGCGCUUCCGUAGCCUCAUUCCCAGUUACAUCAGAGACUCAGCAGCCGCAGUGGUGGUCUAUGAUAUAGCAAGUAGGUAGCUAGUGCUCCUGCUUCACCGCAUGGUGAGGUCAAGUUGGGUAAUGCUUGAGUAAAUGGCACUCAUGUAGCCAUCAUGUAAAAGGUGUGCUACAAGCCCUUUGGAAGGUCUGUAUGUGGUGGUCAGUGUUGAUGUAUGGGAAUCAUUGGAUGGGAAACACUGCUCAUGUAGGUCCAAAACCUGUAUGACUUACUUUCUUCUGUAGAACCCAAAAAGACAGAACUGCAUUUGUCUAUAUAUAAACAAAGUCAGUAGGAUCCAAAACAAUGAUGAACCCCAUUGACUUCCAAAGAUUGUUAUUCUUCUUCCAGUUUAA